UCUCUCUCUCUCUCUCUUCGUGUCUGUUUUAUUGCACCGAGAUUUAACAUUAUCUUGGAGAGAAGAAAGCGUAGGACUAGGGGCUGUUUGCUUGGAAUAAUGGGUUAACGCAAGUGUUCUUAUAGAGAAAGAUAGUGGAAAUAAGAUUAAGUGCCUGUUUGUGUUUGGUUUUUGAAUUUGUGAGCACUUGUGAAGUGGGGUUUCUUUGAUUCUCUGGAAGGAUCUAUAAUUGGAGUCUUUCCCUGAGGUUCUUCUACUUAGCUCUUUUGAAGGACCGGUUUUGAUGGCUGGGAGUAAUGAAGUCAACCUCAAUGAGUCCAAGAUGGUUGUACCUCUGAAUACAUGGGUCCUGAUAUCCAACUUCAAGUUGGCUUACAAUCUUCUUCGCCGUCCUGAUGGCACUUUCAACCGGCACUUAGCGGAGUUCCUUGAUCGGAAAGUACCAGCAAAUGCAAAUCCGGUUGAUGGGGUUUUCUCAUUCGAUGUGAUUAUUGACCGUAGUACUAGCCUCCUUAGCCGGAUCUAUCGACCAGCCCAAGAUGGAGAACCUCAGUUAAACAUUGUUGAUCUUGAGAAGCCUAUGACCGCUGAGGUUGUCCCUGUCAUAAUCUUCUUUCAUGGUGGAAGCUUUGCUCACUCUUCUGCAAACAGUGCUAUAUAUGACACUCUUUGUCGUCGACUAGUGGGCAUUUGUAAGGCUGUUGUGGUCUCCGUGAAUUAUCGCCGUGCACCUGAAAAUAGGUAUCCAUGUGCUUAUGAUGACGGAUGGGGAGCUCUUGAGUGGGUUAACUCAAGGUCAUGGCUUCAAAGUAAGGACUCAAAAGUUCAUAUAUACUUGGCUGGUGAUAGUUCUGGAGGUAACAUUGUACAUCAUGUUGCUUUACGAGCAGUAGAGUCAGAUAUUGAAAUUUUGGGCAAUAUACUGCUCAACCCAAUGUUUGGUGGGCCAGAGAGGACUGAAUCUGAAAAGCGAUUAGACGGGAAAUAUUUUGUCACAAUCCAAGACCGAGACUGGUAUUGGAAAGCAUUUCUCCCUGACGGGGAAGAUAGAGACCAUCCAGCAUGUAACCCAUUUGGUCCCAAGGGUAAAAUCCUUGAAGGAAUUAAGUUCCCAAAAAGCCUUGUUGUGGUGGCUGGUUUAGACCUUGUUCAGGACUGGCAGUUGGCUUAUGUCAAGGGACUUGAGAAGGCUGGCCAAGAAGUGAAACUUCUGUAUCUGGAGCAGGCAACAAUUGGCUUUUACUUGUUGCCUAAUAACAACCACUUCUAUACUGUCAUGGGUGAGAUAAGUAACUUUGUGAGUUCUGACUGUUAAUAAGCUUUUAACUUUUUUUACCUACAGGCAGCCAUUUGUAACAAAUGCUUGUCCAGUUGGGGUUCUUAGGAGGUUGUGUGCAGUAUAUAAAGAUUGUGUAGUAAUUCUACUUACUUUUUUAUUCAUCGGCGUCGCUCAGACUCUGCUUCCUGGAGCCUGGUUCUCUUCUUGGUAUAAGAAUGGCUGGGCUUGAUUGUUGGGUUCUGAAGGUAUGGUUCAGCAUGUAGCUGGAUCAGGAUGUUUUUGUGGUGGAUAUCCUAUUGUCUGGACAUCUAUGGUAUUGGUUUGAUGCAGUUUUCAUGGUGGCAGGAGAGCCACCUGACUAAGUUUAGCAGUCCCACCAAAUCUAAGAUUACCCAUUAUUAUGCCUUCCAGCAACGCAGAGGAGGAGGACGAGAGUGUGGGGGGUAACAUUUGGUGGCCGAUCAAUUGGGAUCGGUGCCUCGCUAGUGUCAGUUAUAUAUAUAUAUAUAUCUCUCUCUAAUUUUAGAACAUGGGCAGAAAAAUGUCCAUGUUGUUGUGAUCCUGUAUGUUCGUACAUAUGUUCUAGCUUAUAUAAAGUGUUUGCUUAUUGGCUGUUCCCUUC